AUGAUCAACAGGAGCUUCCCAGUGGGCUUUGUACUUCUCGGCUUUUCUGAGUGGCCACUCUUAGAAAUGGUUCUCUUCUGGAUUGUGAUCCUCUUCUACAUCAUGAUUGUCUUUGGGAAUUUGACGAUUAUCUUGAUCUCUUUCAUGGAUCCUCGCCUCCAUACUCCCAUGUACUUCUUUCUUAGCAAUCUUUCUGUUUUGGAGAUCUGUUUCACCACCACCUCAGUGCCCCAGAUGCUGUUCAACUUGUGGGGGCCAGACAAAAGCAUUUCCUACGCAGGCUGUGUCAUCCAACUAUGUGUGUUCCUCUGUCUUGGUGCCACUGAAGGAGUCUUGUUGGUGGUGAUGGCCUUUGACCGCUAUAUUGCUAUCUGCCAGCCUCUGCGUUACACCAUCAUCAUGCACCCUCCGCUGUGUUGGAAGCUGGCACUCAUAGCCUGGCUGUCAGGUGUAAUGGAGUCUCUGAUUCAAUCUUCCAUCACAUUCCAGCUGCCCUUCUGUGCUCACCACCACCUGGAUGAUUUUCUGUGUGAGGUUCCUGCCCUUAUACGUUUGGCCUGUGGAGACACCUCUGCAAAUGAGUGGCAGAUGACUGUCUCUGCUGUUGUCUUCACGAUUGUCCCCGUGGGGUUGAUUCUGACUUCUUAUGGCUACAUAGCUAAAGCCAUAGGUAAAAUGCAGUCAGAGGAGGGAAGACAGAAAGCCAUUGCGACCUGUUCCUCUCAUCUCAUCGUAGUUUUCAUGUUUUAUGGGACAGUGGCCAUAGUUUACACAGAUCCUAAGAAUCACUUUCUAUCAAAGCAUGGCAAAUUCUUCACCUUUUUCUAUACCAUAGUUACACCUUUAUUAAACCCUCUCAUCUACACUUUAAGGAACAAAGAGGUAAAAAAUGCCUUGAGAAGACUGUUAAGGAAGGGGAUUAGCUUACCAGAAAAGUAA